AUGGUUCUAAUCUAUGUUAAAUCUGGUGAAUGGAUAUGUAGUUGCAGCGACCAGUGGAGUUUCAUGGUAGACAAAGUAAGGCGUGGUCGAAUGAUACCAUUAGAGACUACUACUUUGUUGGAGCACCUCAAGAUCAUGGUGUGUGAGGAUUAUGGCGUGGAACCUGAUUCCGUUAAUGCAGAGUUCAACUAUGAGAUGGUGGAUCAAAGAGGGAAUCCUCCCAUAAUAAUCAGCAAUGAUCGACAAGUAUCUAACUUUGUGGCCUAUGCGAAGAAGGGUUCGUCUACAACCUUGUGUGUCACGUUCGCUAGUAGUGGUGUAAAUCAAAAGGAACGCGUCAAUAUCGAUUUGAAUAAGGAGCCGUAUGAUUCAAGUAAUGUUGAUGACGAGGAAGAUCCUGACAGAAAUCGAGCAGAGUUUGUCAAAACUUCAAAGGAGUCUUGCGUUAGAAGGAAGGAUCAUGUCGCUGCGGAUGCUUGCGGUGAUGCCGGUUUAAGGAGUGAAAAUAAUGGAGAUAGUGAAAAGGAUGAUCGAACUUGGAGCGGAGAUUUCGUGAAGAAGAAUCAAAUUUUCAGAAAUAAAAAGGUUUUGAAGGCAACACUGGAGAUUUGGGCGAUGAAGCAUAAUUUUGAUUUCAUUGUUAAGAAGUCUACAAAAAAAUGGUGGUAUAUUCGAUGUAAGGAUGCAUUGUGCAACUGGUCUGUGCGUCCGGAAUGUCUGGAUGACUCUACAUAUUUCAUGAUCAACAAGUGUGAGGCAAGACAUUCAUGUGCUCCUUCAAAAAAAAGCAAAUUCGGAAAGACCGCAUCGGCAAGAACAAUUGGGAGACUGAUACAACAUCGAUUUGAUGAUGCAAAUGAUGGACCCAAAGCAAACGAGAUCAUUAAAUUCAUGAGAAUGGAGCAUAAUUGUGAGAUCAGUUAUUGGCACGCAUGGGAAGCUCGUGAGUUUGCAAUUGCAGCUGCUAGAGGUAUACCAGAUGAGAGCUAUGCAAAAAUACCAAAAUAUUUGCAUAUGAUCAAAGAAGCUAAUCAUGGUACACAUACUGAAUAUGAAACUACAGAGAAGGGGAGAUUCCUCUAUCUAUUUAUCUCGUUUGGGCAAUCAGUUAGAGGGUUCUACAAUGCAAUGCGUAGGGUGAUUGUUGUCAAUGGAACUUUUCUGAAAAAUAAAUACAAAGGAGUUCUCCUUGUUGCUACUGCUGUUGAUGGUAACUCUAAUUUGUAUCCGAUUGCAUUUGGGGUUGUUGAUUCUGAGAAUGACGAUUCAUGGGGGUGGUUCUUUAGACAGUUGAGCGUGGUUGUAGCUGACUCCAAGGACUUGGCUUUUAUUUCUGAUAGAAAUGCAUCGAUCGCUAAAGCGAUUGGGACUGUCUACCGUCAAUCAACACAUGGAAUUUGCAUUCAUCACUUGCUGGCCAAUGUGGUUAAAUCGUUUAAGGGAAAGGGUUGGACAGCGUUGGUCGAACAGGCUUCAAAGGCAUAUAGGUACUCUGAAUUUCAGGAACGUAUGACCGAAAUUUUUGAUAUGAGUCCAGAGCUCGGGAGAUAUCUACAGGAGGCUGAUGUGCGAAAAUGGAGUCGUUCUCUCUUCCCUAGUUCCAGGUAUCACAUUAGGACCACAAACCCCGCAGAGUCGAUAAAUUCUCUUUUGAGAAUACCUAGAGAAUAUCCGGUUAUUCCGUUGUUGGAUAGUAUAAGAGAAUUUAUGACUCGAUGGUUCUACGAACGUCACCUGUUAAGCUCGAAGCAUCUUGAUCUUUUAACCGUCAAGGUCGAGAAAAAGAUUGAUAGGAGAAUUGUCAAGGCAAAAGGAUUUCAGGUUUACAAGAUUGACAACUUCAGAUCGCUUGUGAAAGGAGACAUAUAUGAAUGUCAUGUUGAUUUGGAGAAUAGAACAUGCGCAUGUGGGAAGUACGAUAUAGAAAAAAUACUUUGCCGCCACGCCAUUCCUGCCAUUUAUUCACGAGGUAGAGAAGUACACAGUUUCACUGACGUUUUGUACACAACUGCAACUUGGAGAACAUCCUAUUCGGAGUCCAUUAAUCCAAUAGCAGUCCCACAAUCUGAGUGGAAUGUCCCAACUGAGGUUGACCUUGCAAAACUUUUACCACCAGAGUCAAGAAAGAGUGUUGGUCGACCAGUAAAGAGAAGGUAUGAAACAGUAGAAGACAAGAUCAAAUCUUCUCAAGGAUCAAGCAAGGGUAAAAAGCACAAGUGUAGCCGUUGUGGUAACGAAGGACACAAGAGAUGA